CGCCGCUCCCGCCCUCCCUCCCGGCGGCCGCGGCGCCUCUGACAGCGCGGAGCGAGCGGAGCGUCCCCGAGCGCCGGGACCGCGCACCGGGACCCCCGCACUGGGACCGCGACCCCGCACCGGGACCCCGACCCCGCACUGGGACGCCGCGCCGAUGGAUUGAAUGUUCUGUGUUGAAUGCCUCUGGAUUUCCUAUUGGAUUUCACAUCUGGAGAAGUACUUGUGAUUUAAGCCACUGUGGCAGACUGAAUUGUGGAUCCUGGGUUCCCAAGGCUUUAGCUCUUGAGGAGAAGCCACUGCUCGAUCACGUUAACCUGACAUCUCAGCCACGAUGGUGCUGUCACAAAGGCAACGAGAUGAACUAAAUCGAGCAAUAGCAGAUUACCUCCGUUCCAAUGGCUACGAGGAGGCAUAUUCGGUUUUUAAAAAGGAAGCUGAAUUAGAUGUGAAUGAAGAGUUAGAUAAGAAGUAUGCUGGACUUCUGGAAAAAAAAUGGACAUCUGUUAUAAGAUUACAAAAGAAGGUAAUGGAAUUAGAAUCGAAGCUGAAUGAAGCGAAGGAAGAAUUUACAUCAGGUGGACCUCUUGGUCAGAAACGAGACCCUAAGGAGUGGAUUCCUCGUCCUCCAGAGAAGUAUGCGUUGAGUGGGCACAGGAGUCCUGUCACUCGAGUCAUUUUCCAUCCAGUUUUCAGUGUUAUGGUCUCAGCGUCAGAGGAUGCCACAAUAAAGGUGUGGGAUUAUGAGACAGGAGACUUCGAGCGAACCCUGAAGGGGCACACAGACUCUGUGCAAGAUAUUUCCUUUGACCACACUGGCAAACUCUUGGCCUCCUGUUCUGCUGAUAUGACCAUUAAGCUAUGGGAUUUCCAGGGCUUUGAGUGCAUCAGAACUAUGCAUGGUCAUGAUCAUAAUGUUUCUUCGGUAGCCAUCAUGCCCAACGGAGAUCAUAUAGUUUCUGCCUCAAGGGACAAAACUAUCAAAAUGUGGGAAGUCCAGACAGGUUACUGCGUGAAGACUUUCACGGGGCACAGAGAAUGGGUGCGCAUGGUGCGGCCCAACCAGGACGGCACCCUGAUUGCCAGCUGCUCCAACGACCAGACGGUGCGCGUGUGGGUGGUGGCGACGAAGGAAUGCAAAGCUGAGCUCCGAGAGCACGAGCAUGUGGUAGAGUGCAUUUCCUGGGCUCCUGAGAGCUCCUACUCCACCAUAUCAGAAGCUACAGGAUCAGAGACUAAGAAGAGUGGCAAGCCUGGGCCUUUUCUGCUGUCUGGAUCCAGAGACAAGACCAUUAAGAUGUGGGACAUUAGCACUGGCAUGUGCCUUAUGACACUUGUGGGCCAUGAUAACUGGGUACGUGGCGUCCUGUUCCAUUCUGGGGGAAAGUUUAUUUUGAGCUGUGCUGAUGACAAGACUCUCCGUGUCUGGGACUUCAAGAACAAACGAUGCAUGAAAACCCUCAACGCGCACGAACACUUUGUUACCUCUUUGGAUUUCCACAAGACAGCCCCGUACGUGGUGACUGGGAGUGUAGAUCAAACAGUAAAAGUGUGGGAGUGCCGCUGAUGGAGUUCACAGUGACCCCUUUUCCUCUGGAUGCACUCAGAUACCAUGGUUACCCAUUGAGCUCUGUUUAAAUAAAUAUUGUCCUUUCAUGUAAAUUAUUCUGGAUGUAGAUUGAGCUUAUUAAAUGUUACACACAAAGUAUUCAUGCAUGGUGAAUCCAAAUUGUAUACUGUAAAUUUACAUACGUUGUCUAGAAGUACCAUAGGUUUAAGAACAUGGGCUGGCAUUGGUCACAUCAGACCUGAGAAGGCAGAAGUGGGAUGAUUGGAAUAGGGCACUUAACUGAAUAGUUGACAGUGUCGUUAUGUCGGAUAAUUAUACCUGUUUUUCUUUCUGCUGUCUGUUGGUGCCUGAAUUGGUGACCUCAUUUGGGAAAAGUUUUGUAGGGCUUUUUCAGAAAUGUGUAUCUAUGUAACAUCACUUAAGUGUGCUUAAUAAAUCUUCUCUAAGAAUACUAGAUAAUAAGGCUGCAAUUCAGAAUCUUCUGAACCUUAUAUGUAAUUAAUGGAAAUUAAUUAAACUCUGGAAUAUUUGUCAUGAAACAUUUGCCAAAUCAACAGAAAACACUUGUUUUGGCCUCCUAUCACGCAAGGGUUGGUAUAUUUAUAGAACUGACUGUAAACCUGAAAUAAGACAACAAAUCUUAGUCGCAGCUGAUGUGAUAAAUGUAUUUAUUUUUUAUUUGGUCAUUCAAUGGUUAAGCUGUGCUGUUAAACUAAGUUUAAAUGGUUUUUUGUUUGGUUUUUCUUAUGCUAGACAAACUUCCAGGAGGAGUUGUCCAUCCCACUAGAGUUUAGUGAUCCAGUUUCCAGUAGAGCUUCCUCUCCCAAAUGACUGCCAUGGUCCAUCUUGCUGUUAGCUUCCCAUGUUUGUUAGAGAUGUGCAAUUCCUAUUACACAGCAGGAUCAAAGGACACUUCCCUCAUUCACUGGCAGGAAAUUGGGGUAUACAAGAGUUUCUUGGUUUCCUUAGUGCCUCCUUGGACAAUGAGGUGAUCCUCACCUUGGCAAUGUGGCUCCAAUAAAAACUGGGGUUUGCAAGUGAAGAAAAACCUUGGGCUGCAGCAUUGAAAUGCUUUAAAGGAAGCACUGAGUAUCUUGAGAAUCAGUUGACAAUGGCAGGUCAGAUCCAUGCAGGCUUCUAAAAGAACUGAUGCUAUGAGCAAAGCCCACACCCAUCCGUGGGAAUGAUGGUAAACAUUAAACCCAAACCCAAAUCCUAUCAGCAAAACCAGCCCAGCUCAAUUAUUAGUAUUUAUGUUGUUUGCUGUACACAAUUUUUAAUUUGCAUAUCCCUGAAGUUACAUAUUUUGAUCUGAAAUGAAUGAAAAUAUUAUAAAUUAAUAUUUUAAUCAGCAUUUUUGUGAUAGAUUCCAUUGUAGAUAACCAAGAAUUACAAUACUUAUCAAACUAACCAGGUCUUUUUAAAAAUCAUCUUUAAAAUUGACAAUACAAUGAAGUACCAGGCUGAUGUUUUAACAGGUGAAUUUGUGCAUUAUUUUACUCCUUUGGUUUAAUCCAUGGCUUUUAAAAUGUCCCUUUUAGAGGUGAGAGUCCCUGACCAGCAUAGGGUGGGCUGGAGGGCGAACAUACUGCACCUGGUGAGGGAGAAACUUCCACAGUCAGCCCAGAAGGACCCGUUGUUCUGUGGGAAGAGCUGGGUUGGUUUGUGGGAUCCUGUGGAAAGCGGGGUUCUGAUGUGGGGGUUUUCAGAGCCAGUUUAAGAUCCAGGCUAAUCUCUUAAAUCCAGUGGUUUCUGUCAUUCUCAGUGUGUGUUGCUGCAUAAGCAUGCACGAAUAAAGUCUGUUUUGUUCAUUA